AUGUCUGUAACCGCCAAACAACAAGCGAAAGCUCAAGGACAAGAGGACCUUCACGACACCGACAAAGAUGUCGGCUUGGGCGAGUCGAAGCCCUGGAGUGGCGUUCAGCCACGGUAUAUGAACAUUACUCAGGAGAAUCGCUCUGCUUAUGAUCUCGAGGACGUGAGCAAGCCCGAAACGUUGAAGGGUAACCGGUUGAUUCGGUCAAAGCCUGAGGGUGCGAAUCAGUAUAGUCAGGGGCCUGUUGAAGGUAAAUUACGUCCUGGGGAGCCAUGA